AUGAAACUCUGCACUAAAUUGGUUGUGACUUUGCUCACUACGAUAGUUUCUUUGCAGUAUUACUGUCAAAAUUACAACUGUUCUGAUAAAUUGAACGAAGUUUGCUACUAUUCAGCCCCUUCCAACUGGGAUGAACUGUUAACUGAGAAUAGUGAAAUGUACAAGGUCAAUGUUCAUCCCAAAAUUGUUCUAUUACAGAACAAAUACCAGGAAAAUGUCGGUCCUCAUGUGGAGUUAUUGUUAAAUAACGUGAAUGAAAGAGUUAUUACACCUGCUUCAGGGUUAAUCAAGAACUACGCAGAGGACUUCAACUGUGAGGAGAAGUUGCAAUGCGUCAAAAACUACUGGCAGCUCCUUUGCGAUAGGGUCACUUUAUACUAUGCAAUUACUCUUAGACCUUAUUACGAAAGGUUUGCUGAAGAAUUUGGUGCUAAGACACGCUAUUCUUCUUUCCAAUCAAAGUUUAAUGGCGUUUAUGACCAAGGUAAAAAGGUUGUAACUGAUAAUUACCGUGCUUUACAAUCAAAAUAUUCCAGCCUUGUAAGCACUGUUAGUAUUGAGGUAAGUUCCCCUAUAAGCUCUUCAAAACCUGAAGUGAACGUAGAAGAAGCUGAAGAAUUAAUUACUUCUACCAUAUUCACCACAGUCACUUUGGAUGAUGGAGUUGAAGCUCAGGCUACAGGUACUGUCGUCUCUAAUAACGAUCUCUCUAUGGAAGAGCAAGCUUUGCUGCAAAAUGAUUUUGAAAAUUGGUCAAACACUGUAGAGAAAAAGAUUCAGUCUGUCAUUGGCACCUUUGAAAAGGAUGUUGAUAGGGCAAUUCAAUCAUUCAUUGACGAAAAUGAAGCUAAUGUAAGGGAUAAAAUGAGGUAUUUGGCUACCAACUCUGAUGAUUAUUUACAAAAGAUAGCUAAGGCUAUUCAAGAUAUUGAUUGUAAGAUCGAAAUUGACUCUAAGACAGGAGAAAAGAGAUACUUCGAUAAGACUGGUACUACCGAACUUCCAGUUUAUAUCGACAGACAACUAAUGCGUGACUAUUUUGAUGAAGCUCAAAUUCACGGUACAAAUGUCUCUGUUUCAAUCAGAGAUGAUUUAUCUGAUGUCGCUUAUUCUAUUAACAAGAAAAUUGAAGGCUUGCGUGACGAAUAUGUCGAUCUCUAUGAAGAAUGGGCUAAUACAGUCAUUGGUGAAUGGUCAAAAAGAAUGGCCUAUGUUGACGUCAUCGCUGCUCACAUGGAUGAAGAUGAACAAGGAACAAUCUCUGAACAAAAUUGGAAGAAAUUCAUGGAAUUGAAGAGAGAUGUCAUGGAUGCAAGAGAAGGUUUAAUAAACCAUCCAAUUUCUGCAAAAAAGCUCGAAGACUUUAUGAAUGAAGUACAACGUACUUUAACUAUUUUAGGCAAGGAGAGAGCUGAUUUCACGUAUAUUUUGAGAUCUAAAGCUAAUUUAGCCUUCCAAAAACGUGAAAAGGAAGAAAAGGAGCGUGCUAGUGACCUGCAAGAAUCGGAAACUGAAGUUGCUGAAGAAAAAUAA